UUUACAACUGUGAUAAAGAUUCAAAUAUUUUUCAAAGCUUAACUAAAUUAGUUAUGAAAAAAGCAACUAUCUAUAAAACUAUUCAACAGUAUCCUUAUCUAAGAAUAGGUCAGCAAGUUUGUUAUUCUCACUAUAUGUCUAUUGUUGAAAAUUUUCAAGAACAGACUUAUAGGCGUGAAGACAUACCUAUCCCAC